AUGGCGUCUCUCGCGGCCGCGGCGGCAGCAGCCAAGUCGCUCGCCACGAGACGCAGCAGCGUCCAGGGGCAUGUCGCCAUGUCCCGCGAGACGCGAUCGCCGCGCGAGUUGCUCGCUCGCAUCGGCAUCAGCGGCAAAGAAGUUGUCAAAAUCAUCAAAGCCCGCGGCUGGGCCAUUGUCGAGCCGCAUGGCUUGCAACAGCAAAAUUUGUAUUACUUACCGGGGGUUUUGCAAAAAGCCGAAACCAGCGGCUACGCCAGUCGCCAGCAGCGCGACUUUUUCGUUGGCGAAGGCGAAUUGUAUGCGUUUAUUCUUCGAGAGGGGGGACUCGCGUUUCUGCUGCCGGACGAAGUGCCGAUGCGCACAGCGCCGUCAGAGAGCAAACGGCUCGCGGACGUCAGUAAACCGACGACAGACGCGCGAAAGCCGUUGGGCGACCGGUCGCAGCGCAAGUGGAAGCGCCGGAAAAAGCUCUCGACGGCCGUCGGGACGUUGGCGGACUUGAACCCAAUUGAGCCAAAUUCACGAAAGCGGUCAGUGCCUUUUGUGCCGGUGGAGUUGCGGAAGGAGCGGACAGGUGAAGCCGCAGCAGCUGAAGUCGCAGUUGCUGAAGUCGCAGCAGCUGUGAAAGAGCCCGUGGACGAGCAGCAGCCGCCGCCGAAGCUUCGAGCAGGUCCGGUGGUGCAGAGGAGAGCAGAGACUGCCGACACUUGUGCUGCAGUAUGUGGGCAAGAGACCGAGUGGACAGAGUAUGAACAGUCGCUCAAAGCUCGCGGAUGGCGAGCGCAGCUGCUGCAGGACAUUGACGUGCACCUGCUGCGGUCGACGGCCGCAGUGGAUCGCCGACAACGCGCACACGAACGAGCAGGUGGAAGGAGAACGGGCCGCGCGCAACCGACGCACAGUGUCGGUCCGCACGGUGUCGAUUUUGCAGAGAUGGUACAAGAACUGGACGCGCUGAAGCUCAGCAUCCGCGCGUCGCAAGAGGAUCUAUCGAGUAUGAUCGAGGCACUUAUUUCAGAAGGCGAGCAACGGGCGAUUCCAGAUCGAAUCGAUCCGGCUGGACGAGUUGGCAUUCCUGCUUUCGUAUCGACUGGACUUGGCAGUCUGGUGCUGAUGCGAGAUAUUGAGCGCUACUUGCUCCUCGUUGUGGCCGCUGUGCGACGACACCAGCGCGCGAAGGAUGCCAUGUGUGCUAGUGGACCUACAAAUGGGUUAUCGCAACCAUCUGAUCGGACUAUGAAACGAAAAGAUUUGCGUGCUCUGCAAUUGACUAUUGAAGAGUCAAAGCGAGAGCUGCAGGAGUUAGCAGCAAUAGUCGCUGCAGAUCUCGUCGAGUCGUGCGAAGACCAUGCUUACGAUUCCGCAUCGGAGGGUUCGGCUUCAGGCGCUUUGCAGAGCCCUCAUCAGAGUGCCGUCUACAGCCCAUCUCGGGGCACUUCUAGGAGUAUGGACUGCGGCGAAGAUUUGGAAGCUGGCCGCAACGGGUUGUUUGAUCCACCCAACCUGGCAUCCCCUCGACUUGAGGGGGGUAAGUGGUUCGUUUGA